AUGGCUCCCAAAGAACUCGCAGCCAAAAAGGCGCGCAGCCGCGCAGACUAUGCCUUCCACCAAGAAUACCGGACCAGAUGGUUCGACAACGACAUGUACGCGCACCUCAACAACACCGUGUAUACCAUGUUGUUCGAUUCUAUAAUCAACACAUACCUAAUCAGCCACUGCGGAAUGGAUCCGUUCACCGUCAACAAAGACGACUCAUCGGGGCCGGCGAUGAAGCAGAUUGCCAUCAUUGCGACUUCGUACUGCGACUACUUCGCAUCUGUUGCGUUCCCGGAUGUGCUUGAGUUGGGAUUGCGUGUAGAGAGACUGGGAAAGUCGAGUGUCACAUAUGAAGUUGGCGUGUUCCGGAAGGGGGAGGACGAUGUGAAAGUUGUCGGAGGGUACACGCAUGUGUUUGUGGAGAGGGAGACGAUGAGGCCUGCAGCAGAGGGAAUGGAGGGGAGUGUACGGAAGGGACUGGAGGGAUUGGUAAAGGAACCCAAGGCGAAGUUGUAA